CCUCAUUCUCUGUCAAGACUUCUAGUCAUCUGCUCCUAGGCUUGCUUCCUCUUUUCCCUCUUCACAAUUCAGAACAUUUCUUUUUUACAAACAAGAUGGGUGGAAACUCACCAUGCGCUUCCUGCAAGUUGCUUAGACGCCGAUGCGCCAAGGACUGCAUCUUCGCUCCUUACUUCCCUUCUGAUGACCCCCACAAGUUUGCCAUUGUCCACAAAGUCUUUGGCGCUAGCAAUGUUAGCAAAAUGUUGCAGGAGCUACCAGUUCAUCAGAGAGCGGAUGCAGUGAGCAGUUUGGUGUAUGAAGCGAAUGCGAGAGUGAGAGACCCAGUUUACGGGUGUGUUGGGGCCAUAUCCUACCUGCAAAACCAGGUUUCUCAGCUACAAAUGCAGCUUGCAGUGGCUCAAGCAGAGAUAUUAUGCAUCCAGAUGCAGCAUGAACCUGUGAUGCCAACCCCACAGAUGGACCCAGAAGACAAGUCAUUUCUUCUGCAAAAUAGCCUCCCUCAGUACCUGAAUUUCGGGUCUUCUAGCAAUGUAAUCCAAUAUGACUCUCUCAAGAGAGAGACUAUUUUUGAAGACAUGAUUUCUUAAUUGAAUAGAAUUGAUCAUGCUAGCUUUAAUCCAGCCCUUGCAUCUCACUUUAUGUUCACAAAGUAAUAUAAUUUGAGAGGGGAAGGGUUGUCCACUUGUCCUUACUUGAUGUUAGUUAAAGAAAAAGCUUUAUAAAUAAAUAUUACUGCAA